AUGAUAUUCAGAUGCAAAAUCUGUUCCGCUCAAUUUCAGCGAGAUGAUCAUCUCCAGCGCCAUCAACUAAGUCACUCCGAACCACGGUACAAAUGCGCGGACAAGCAAUGCGGGAUGCGCUUUCACCGUCGAGAUGCGGUGAGACGGCAUGAAAAGUCACAUCAGCGGAGUGGGACACAAAAGAGAAGGAAACCUCGACGAGGCGUACUCCCUUGCCCUCGCGUUUCAACGAGGAUAGAUACUCUUCUGCAUCCUGGUGACGUCGUCAGAGUUGGGAGCAACCAUGACGACGCACGGUCGCAAUUCUUCACAGUCGACGCAGCCAGCGUGGAUUUUCAGGCCCGACUACGGGCUUGUCCGAGUCUGCAAGCCAAAAGCACUGGCAAAACAAGUGGAGUAUUGCUGGACUGCCGUAAGUGCGCAACUACGAAUAUGCUUUGCGAUGAGUGCAUAUCGUGUCUCUUGCCUGCAACAGGUCUUGCGGAGGAUCACUUCAGUGCGUUUCAGUUUUGCCUGCAACAUUUUGUGCGAGUCCAUACUCGAGAAUUUCCAUUCCUGCACUCCUCUUCCUGGCGGACGAGCUGGGAGCUGUCUGGAAAGGCUCUUGCCAUGGCGGCUAUUGGCGGUUGCCGAAUCCCAUCUUAUGGCGGGCAUUCAAGACUCUACUUCGAUUUGGCCGUUAACCAAGUUAAGAGCUUUACGGCCUCCCUGGACGGCGCGGAGUAUCAGGAUGUACCCGGUGCAGCGACAUGGAAUGACACAUAUUACAGAAGACUGCUUACCAGUUUCGAAACCUAUAUCCUGCUAAUCAGGUAUAGCGUAUGGUCCGAGUUUGCAGACCUCCGUGAAUGGGGGAUAAAAACGCUUGCUGAUCACGCUAUCACGGUGAUGCCUAGGCUUGCAAGAGUCAUGAGCGAUAAUUCACACAACAACUCCACUUCAUGGCUAAUAUGGUUACUGCUAGAAGAGUCGAAGCGUGCGUUAUGGUGUUUCUAUUGCCUCGCCGUUAAAUGUCGGCACUUUCUGCAUUAUUCGAUAUCAACAUGUGAGGUCGUCGUCGGGAACAUACACCUCCCUUGUCCAGAUUCUCUCUUCGAAGCCCCUGACGAACAAACAUGGAUAGGACGUAAUGACUCAAAUGCGCCGCAACACCUGAUCGGCUUAACCGUCCCGUCCCAAAUAACAUUCUACUACCUCAUGUCUCAAGAGCCUAUGCCUCAGUUAACGCCCAACAAGGUUGGCACCUACACCAGCCAUAUUCUCCUCUGCAAUCUCUUAAACACUUAUGAAACCGGCCGGACUAGUUCCUGGAACUUCACAUCCCUCGAUGCAUAUCUAGAUUCAGACAUAUCGUGUUUCCGGCUUCGCACUGAACUCAUCCGUGCCCUGGACUACUGGAAAUGGCUAUUCUGGCGCGAUCCGCACGAACUUUGGCACUCCAGGCACCCAGACCAUCAAAUAAACAGCAUGAUGUUGUGUGUGUACCUAGAGGCACAGAUGUGGAGUUCUUCAAAGCCUCAUCUACUCAGCGCGUCGCGUCGCCGAGCAGGUGCUCAACUUGCGUUUGACUUGCUGUCUCUUAUCUCUCGUACUGGAAUUCUCGAGUAUGCUAAUACCAACUUUUGCAAACAUUCCUCUAGGUUGGGGCGAAAUCGCCGUUUUACGUUGAACCUGUCGUCUACUUCUGCACACGCAGCCUUGGCCGGGCAAUGCUCGCCUGGUACGAUAGUCUUGGAGAUGGUGAAAGUACUGGAGGCAGGGCUACAGAUGAUGCAGAUUGGAUGUUGUAUGACAAGAUUCUGGAGUGCUUGA